AUGAACGACCCUCCAGGAACCAUACCCUCCUCUACGUCUGUCCAACAACACCCACGUCGCCCACCACCCCACAAGUCGGUUUCCCUUCGGCACAGUCUGUCCACGUCCGGUGCCAGCUCGAAAGGGGCCAUCAAACACCAGCUGAAUACGCACAACCCUGCCACCGACAAGGCCUACCCAUCUUCAAGUGUCUCUCCAAUCGUCCUGUCGAACAAGAUCAGCUCGGGAGAAAGCAGCGACGCUGGAGGAUGGUUCGAGACAACGAAUAACAACGCCAAACAGAACGAUGCCUCAUUUGUCGACAAUGAUCCACCGUUCUUCCUCCGGAACUCUUCCUCGUCAGAGACUCCGCCCGAUACAUCUCAAUAUACGCAUGCACACUCCGCGAUCCCAUACCGCCCUACUCUGGCACGCUUCGGCACCGAUGGUAGCAGCACGGAGGAGUUUCGGAGCGUCAUCGAUGAUUUGACGGUUGCCAAUAAAAAGCUCAAGCAGAAACUCAAAAAGUAUGAGAAGCUAUACGAUGCUCACCUCCAAGAAGAGAAGUUGUUCGAAGUCAAGUUUCAUGGCCUGCCCGAUCACAAGAAGAAGGAGCUGGAAGAGACUCUUCGCAAGUUCGCUACCGAACUCGAUGACGGUGCAAGCAGUGGCUAUCCACCGGUCUUGUCGUAUGCGUCUGCUCUCGAACCACAGCACACUGUCUCGUCGACAUCUCGAUUUGCCGAGUCUGGAUACGCUUCAUUGUCUGCAUCUGGUCAGAACUCAUCUGUGCUAUCGAAUCAACACAAUGACCGUCGCAAAGUGAGCAAAUCGCAAUAUAACCGCCAGCAGGAGAACAUUCAAUCAUACCUCCACGACAUUCCCCUAAACUUACUCUCGCAGAAGACUGCGCCCAUGACAGACAAGUCGAAGAAGAAGUUAGUGGCACGGCGGCUCGAACAAAUCUUCGCAGGGAAGCGAUCAGCGUCCGGAAACCAUCAACAGCCUUUGCAGCAGGAGGAGGUUGCACAAUCGGCAGCUACGGCGGAUCGAGAAGAGAGGGAAGCGGGUGGAAAGCAACUUCGACCGGAAGGGCUGCGCGAGGCCCGCAUCAUGACGGAGGAGGUGAACGGAGAAGAUUCUGCAAACCAAAGCGUGGCAAUUCCUGGUUCUCGUCCUACUUUAUACACAGGCGAAGACUUCGUGGGGUCAGGCCGUUCACCCGACCAACGACCAACAAGACCUUUGGAUCUGGAUCUUUAUCGAGCACAAGUUUCUGUCGAAAAUAUGGAUUAUAUUCGGCAUCUCGGCUUCUUGCCGCCAGACAUGGUGUCCGGAGAAGCGCCGAUGGACGGACAAGGUUGGCUCUAUCUCAACCUUCUCAUCAACAUGGCCCAACUGCACACGCUCAAUGUGACCCCGGAGUUCGUGAAGGAUGCACUGCAUGAGUAUAGCAGCCACUUGGAAAUCUCCCGCGAUGGACGGAAGAUUCGCUGGAAAGGCGGUUUCGAUGUCACUAAGCACAGUGGGGAGAGCUCUUCUGAACACCACAGUGGCACUUCACCUUCAGACAUCAUACCCGGCUCUGGGUCGCGUGAGGCAAAUAGCGAAGUACAAGCCCAUUCGGAGCAACGAGCGCGAAAAUUAGCGAGCGUCAAAAAGGAGAAAGACCAACACAAGUUCAGCUAUAAGCCACUUUUCAUUCACAACGAAGACUCUGAGGAGGAUGAGGAUUACUAUGGCUUUGAUGCCGAAUCCUCUGGCAACUCGCAGCCACGAAGAAACGGCAAUUCUUCGGGCUUUGGCAGCUUCGCUUUGCAAAGCUCUUCGUUGAAACCAAGACGCGAUGAUGGCCCGAUCAUCUUCUAUACCAAUGCCAAGUUCUGUACCGACCUUAGCGGCGAUCGUCUUGGCGUCUCACACGCCAAACCAGGGGCAUACAAGACUAUUACGAGUCAUCCUCUCGGUACUGAAUCAGAUGUACGAUCGUCGAUUCAACGAAUGUCUGAAAUCUCCGACCUCAGAGGUCCUCUUGAUGCCUCCUCAAUGGACCUUGAUUCUAUCAACGGUUCGCGUGCAGUCUCGAGUAGUGAAGAUUUCGGGUUCUCGCCCGACUCGUUGAAGAAUGACAGCGGCAAUAAUAGUCCAGAUGUAGUGGAUUUUGAAGCCUCAGGGUUGGGCGGAGUGCAACCAGAGGACAAUUUUUCAAUUUCUGUGCGGCGUUCGCAGGUACAGACUGCAUCGUCGGGAGCUGUUCGCCCUCGCAGGUCUAGUUUCUAUCCGAAGAAGAUCUACGAUGUUCUGACUAAACGACCUUCUGCUGAAGAUCAAGACUCAUCUUCCGCCUGUUCGCCACAACGCUUCAUCAAAGAAGAAAUUUUAUCCGCAUCACGGACGUCUCUGCCCAGCUCUACGCUCCCGCCCGCCUCCUUUUUGCCUUUCGACUCGACAUCAGAAGACGUAGAUUCCGAUCUUGACUCGGGCCUCGACUCGGACCUUGAUUCUGACACAUCAUCCACAGCAGACUCCGAGUCCGAUGAAAUUCCAGACACCACUUUCCAACUACUCAACAUCCCUCUGGCCGCCGUAGGCAACCCGGAUGAAGCUGAGGAAGCAGACGAAUCAGAUUAUUCAGACGAAAGUGAUGGCAGCGUCGACUUCCUCGCCACAGCCCGUCAACUCGACCCCAAGACUGUUCGCGCAUCCGAGCGUGAGUAUGAUGCCGCCUUGGCGGAUCGUCUCGUAGAGGCGAUUCCAGCGGGU